AUGGUGCCCCUUCAGUUGUUCCAUUCCUGGGGAGGGCGGGUGACGCAGGCAAAUCAGCACCCUCUCCUUUCCCAAGAGGCCAUGGGAACUGGGGAAGGGGGCGAAUCUCCUCCCUGGGGUGAUUCCAGGGCAAGGCACUGGGGAGCCUCCCCGGGUGGGGCCCCUAUUCUUCCCUUGGCCCUGGGUGGGUGUUCUCUGACACCAAUCCCCCAUCCCCACCCUCUGAAUGAACAGUAGCACCACCCUCCCCACCCUCCUCAUACCCAGAGGGAUCUGGUGCCCAGGGAGCCUCAGCUGGAGAUAUCCAGAAUCAGCCAACGAACACUAGGAAACCUUGGUGGAGGCCAAGGGAAACCUGGAUCCUGCAGCGAGUGCGGCCGGCCGGCCAGGAGAGGAAGCCGCAUUCGGGGUGUGAGGCGGGAGAGGUUAAUUAUUGCUCCCCCGCCCCCCACUCCUCCCUCACCCCUGCGCAAGAUGUAUCUGACUGUCAGAAGCGGUGACAGAUGA